AUGGUGGCUCUUGAACGGUCCUACGACGAGUCCACUCACUCGGACUCAACUACUGUCGCGCAGUCAAAAGUAGAGGUCGACAUAGGCCUCCGUGAGUCCAACGUGAAGGAAGAACUUCACGAACUGGCCCGGCGUUACAGUAGCCAGGCUGGUCCUUCUAUAUUGUUUCCAGUCGCUGCCGGAGGACCCCUCGACCCCGGUAGCGAGAAAUUCAACGCGAGAAAAUGGGCCAAUGCUUUCUACAACGCCCGUAAUGAUGCUUCCAGCAAUACUCCUCUCCGUACCAGUGGUGUGGCUUUUCAAAACCUCAACGUUUACGGCUUUGGCACUCCGGUGGAUUUCCAGAAAACUGUCGGCAACAUUGCCCUUGAAACAGGAACCUUGAUCAGUCAACUUUUGGGAAGAUCGAAACAGCGCAUUGACAUUCUUCAUAACCUCGAUGGGGUCGUGGAAGCUGGGGAGAUGCUCGCGGUUCUUGGUCCACCCGGAUCAGGGUGUUCAACCUUGCUCAAAACAAUUGCUGGAGAAACCCAUGGCCUUUAUGUCGAUGGGAACUCGGCGCUCAAUUAUCAGGGCAUCACGGCAGAGCAGAUGUCGAAAGCCUUUCGUGGCGAAGCUGUUUACACUGCCGAAGUCGACGCUCAUUUUCCCCACAUGACUGUUAGAGAUACUUUGUACUUCGCAGCCCGCGCACGGUGUCCCAAGAAUAUCCCAGGACAGGUUUCUCGGCACGAAUACGCGGAGCAUCUCCGUGAUGUGACCAUGGCCAUGUUUGGUAUCUCGCACACAAAGAACACUCGGGUUGGGAACGACUUCAUCCGUGGAGUCAGUGGUGGCGAGAGGAAGCGUGUUACCAUUGCUGAAGCAGCCCUGAGUUACUCGCCAUUACAAUGCUGGGAUAAUAGCACGCGAGGCUUGGAUAGUGCCAAUGCUCUCGAAUUCUGCCGCACUCUUCGAGUCCAGGCUGACACUCUAGGCACUGUCGCGUGUGUAGCCUUGUACCAGGCUUCUCAAGAUGCGUAUGAGGUCUUUGACAAGGUCAUCGUGCUGUAUGAGGGUCAACAAAUCUUUUUUGGCAAAACAACAGAAGCCAAGGGAUAUUUUGAAAAUCUUGGAUUCCAUUGCCCCGACCAGCAAACCACUGCUGACUUCCUCACAUCCAUGACAAGCCAUGAGGAGCGCGUCAUUCGCGCUGGAUUUGAAGGCAAGACCUCGCGGAGCCCAGACGAUUUUGCUACGGCUUGGAAUAAAAGCCAGUCUUUAGCUCAGUUGAACCAAGACAUUAACGCCUACAUGAAGAGAUACCCCUUCAAUAGUGAACACUACGAGGGCUUCUUGGCUUCUCGACAGCGUGAUCAGUCCAACCUUCAACGUGCCUGGCUGUUGUUCAAGGGGGACCCUAAUACGACUGUCACCAUGUUCAUCAUGAAUCUCUUCCAGGCCUUGAUUGUUGGUAGUAUCUUCUAUAACCUCCCCAGUGACACCAGCAGUGUCCCUAGACGUGGUAUCCUCAUCUUCUUCCUGGUCCUCAUGAACGCUGCCGAUGCCAUGGCGGCCAUGAUAUCUGAUUUGCCGUACAAGAUUCUGAAUUGCAUAAUCAACAACAUCAUCAUUUACUUUAUGUGCAAUCUGCGGCGAGAGCCUGGGCCCUUCUUCUUCUUUCUCUUGAACAUCUUCAUUGUCACUCUAACAAUGUCUAUGAUGUUCCGAUUGCUGGGUUCACUUACAAAGACCAUUGCCUCCGCACUGGCCCCUGCCUCAGUGAUUCUGUUGGUGAUCAUGUUAUACACUGGCUAUGCGAUCAAAGUACAGAACAUGCAAGUCUGGCUUGGCUGGCUACGAUGGCUCAACCCAGCUCAUUAUGCUUUUGAGGCUCUGAUUCUCAACGAAAUGGUCGGCCGCCAUUUCCCCUGUGCCUCCUUUGUUCCUAGUGGAGAGGGCUAUGAUUCCGUCUUGCCUGAACAGCGCAUCUGCUCGGUUACUGGAUCUCCACCAGGGGAGAGUUUCGUUGAUGGUGCAACCUACCUUGACACUUCUUACAACUAUCUUAACUCUCAUAAAUGGCGAAACUUUGGCAUCAUGGUUGCUUUCAUGAUCUUCUACUUGGUGUGUCACCUCGUUGCUUCGGAGUACGUUGCCUCGGAACGGUCCAAGGGCGAAGUUCUAGUCUUCAGACGGAAGGCCAUGGGUCAGGCCAAGGCGCUCACUGGCAAAGACAUCGAGAACGCAAUCUCACGACCAAUCCAAACUGCCCAAACAUGUUCCGACGGCCCCGCUGGUCUUGAAUCGACGAAUUCAGUAUUCCACUGGGCCGAUGUUUGCUACGAGGUCAAGGUGAAGAAUAAGACACGGCAGAUCCUGGACCAUGUCAAUGGAUGGGUAAAACCAGGAACUCUAACUGCCCUAAUGGGAGUGUCCGGAGCUGGAAAGACUACGCUACUGGAUGCUCUUGCGAGUCGAAUCACCAUGGGUGUCAUCUCUGGUCAAGUUCUUGUCGAUGGUAAUCCCCGGGAUCUAUCUUUCCAACGCAGGACUGGCGCACUUCUCCGCCAGCCAGCCAAGUACAGCAACGAAGAAAAGAUUUCAUAUGUUGAUAAUGUUAUCAACUUGCUCGACAUGCAGGAAUACUCUGAUGCUGUUGUUGGUAUUCCUCGAGAAGGUUUGAAUGUAGAACAACGGAAGAGAUUAACCAUUGGUGUUGAGCUCGCUGCCCGUCCUCAGCUCCUUCUGUUCCUGGAUGAACCAACCUCUGGUCUUGAUAGUCAAACCUCUUGGUCUAUCUGCAACCUAUUGGAGGAGCUCACAAAUAGUGGUCAAGCCAUUCUUUGUACCCUUCACCAGCCCUCUGCAAUCCUCUUUCAACGGUUUGACCGCCUGCUGCUUUUUGCGAAGGGAGGCAAGACUGUUUAUUUCGGUAACAUUGGAAAGAACUCGCAAACGCUGGUUGAUUAUUUCGUUCGGAAUGGGGCCACUAAACCACUGCCCCAUGCCAAUCCUGCGGAAUACAUGUUGGAGGUGAUUGGUGCCGCUCCUGGUGCGCACACGAAUAUCAAUUGGCCAGACAUCUGGCGUCAGUCGCCCGAGUAUACUGGUGUCCAAGAGGAGCUCCAGCGCCUUUCAUCAAACCGUGCCCCCACUACCGACAGGACUUCGGAGAAGUAUGAGGACGCUGAGUUUGCCGCUCCUUUGGGGCUACAGUUCAAUGUGGUGACGAAGCGUGUCUUCCAGCAGUACUGGCGCAGCCCUUCCUACAUCUACUCGAAAGCUUUCUUAUCAAUUGGUGCAGCACUGUUUAUUGGCCUAUCUUUCCUCAAUGCAAAGAAUACGCAAAGUGGUCUCCAGAACCAGAUGUUUGGCAUCUUUAUCUUCUUGACAAUUUUCAGUCAACUCGUCGACCAGAUCAUGCCCAUCUUUGUCUCUCAGCGGACGAUGUAUGAAGUUCGCGAACGUCCGUCCAAGGCAUACUCUUGGAUAGUGUUCAUCAGCGCCAAUAUUCUUGUCGAGAUCGUCUACAACACAGCAAUGAGUAUUCUUAGUUUCCUUCUCUGGUACUUCCCCAUGGGGCUCUACCGCAACGCCCGUGAAACGGGCGCUGAACACUCGCGUGGCACGCUUAUUUUCCUUUUCGUCUUUGUUUUCUUCAUGUUCACCACCAGUUUCGCCUUCCUUGUGAUCUCAGGGCUGGAGAGCGCCGAGGUAGCUGGCGGUAUCGUCGGUCUCAUUACCAUCAUGAUGUUCGUCUUCUGCGGUGUCGUUGCCGGCCCAAAUUCCAUGCCUGGUUUCUGGAUCUUUAUGUACCGCUGCAACCCCUUUACAUACUUUGUAGAAGGCUUCCUCGGUACCGCGAUCUCAAACGCCAAGGCCACAUGUGCCUCAAACGAGUUCCUGCGAUUCAACGCCCCCAACGGCUCUACCUGCGGUGACUACAUGCAGAACUACCUUGAUCUUGCUGGGGGCUACCUACUAGAUCCCGGGUCCAUCACCAAUUGUGAUUUCUGCCAAGUGGCUGAGACGAAUAAGUUCCUCGCGGGCGUCAACAUUUCUUUCGCUAAUCGCUGGCGGAACUUUGGGAUCAUGUGGGCCUUUGUCGUCUUCAACAUCGCUGCCGCAAUCCUCCUCUUCUGGCUCACUCGCGUGCCCAAGUCGAAGAAGACCAAGAGAAACUAG